AUGCCCAGCAGGUCCCCUCUUAAUCACACAGGCAGGGGGGAGUGGGUCUGGGUGGACUCAGACAUCGGGGUGCCCAUCGGAGCGAGGGUCAAAGUCACACCGUCUGGUCAGAGGUUACUGGUGGACGAUGAGGGAAAGGAGCAGAGUCUGUCCCCGGAGCAGGAAGCCUCUCUCAGGAUCAUGCACCCCACAUCAGUGGAGGGUGUGGACGACAUGAUCAAACUGGGAGACAUGACCGAGGCCGGCCUCCUCAGGAACCUGCUGCUCCGACACAAACAAGGCCUCAUCUACACAUUCACAGGCUCUGUGCUGGUGGCAGUGAACCCGUACAAGGAUUUCCCUUUGUAUUCAGAAGACCAGGUGAAGUUGUACCACGGUCGGAAGCUGGGGGAACUACCUCCGCACAUCUUCGCCAUCGCUGAAUCCUGCUUCUUUAACAUGAAGCGUCAUGUCAAGAACCAGUGCUGCAUCAUCAGUGGGGAAUCAGGAGCGGGGAAGACGGAGAGCACGAAGCUGAUCCUGCAGUACCUGGCAGCAGUGAGCGGGGGUCUCUCUGAGCAGCAGAUGAUUGAAGAGCAGAUCCUGGAGUCCAACCCAAUACUGGAAGCGUUUGGAAAUGCAAAAACAAUCCGCAAUGACAACUCCAGUCGCUUUGGGAAAUAUUUGGAGAUUUUCUUCAACAAGGACGGGGUGAUUGAAGGUGCUCGCGUGGAGCAGUAUCUCCUGGAGAAGUCUCGUGUCUGCCAUCAGGCCCUGGAGGAGAGAAACUACCACGUGUUUUACUGCAUGCUGGCAGGAGUCACGACCGAGGAGAAGAAAACUUUGAGCCUCGGAGAUGCUGAGGAGUACAGAUUCCUUUCUAAGGGCCACUGUACCAAGUGUGAAUACAGAGAUGAUGCUAAAGACUUCCAGCGUAUUCGAUCUGCCAUGAAAAUCCUGACCUUCUCACAAAGCCAAUGUCAGGAAAUCCUCAAGCUGCUGGCAGCCAUAUUACACCUGGGAAACGUCUGCUUUCAGGCCACCACUCAAAAUAACUUGGAAACCAGUGACGUCAGCAAGUCAGAACACUUCAGCAUCGCAGCGUCAAUACUGCAGGUCCAGAAGUCUUCUCUGGCGGCGAGCUUGACCCAUCGUUCCUUCAUGACAAACAGAGAGAUGGUGACCAAACCCCUCAACCACGAACAGGCGUCUGACUGCAGAGACGCCUUCGUCAAGGCAAUUUACAACAAGCUGUUCAUAUGGAUUGUUGGGAAAAUCAAUGGUGUCAUCUAUAAGAAGUUGACCAAAAGCUCCAAAUCCUCGGUCCUGUCCAUCGGUCUGCUCGAUAUCUUUGGCUUCGAGAACUUCAAGACAAACAGCUUCGAACAGCUGUGCAUUAAUUUUGCCAAUGAGAAGCUGCAGCAGUUCUUCGUGGCCCACAUCUUCAAGCUGGAGCAGAAGGAGUACUCGAAGGAGAACAUCGUGUGGAGUAACAUCAAAUUUAGUGACAACCAGAACAUCCUGGACGUUCUGGCUGUGAAACCCUGUAACCUGCUGGCUCUGAUCGACGAAGAAAGCCAUUUUCCAAAGGGCUCAGACUUCACGAUGCUGAACAAGAUGAACCAGCAGCAUAAUGGAAACAAGACCUACAUCGCCUCCAGGAGUGAGCAUGACUCGGACUUUGGGAUUCGCCACUUUGCAGGCGUGGUUCACUACGACUCCAAAGGUUUCCUGGAAAAGAACAGAGAUGCCGUCAGUUUUGACAUUAUCAAGAUGGUUGAAAUGACCACCAAUAAGCUGUUUCGUCAGAUUUUUGAGAGUGAGCUUUCAACUAAUGGAGUAAAAGUUGGUAACAACAAGAAGGUCAUCAUGACACCCAAGAACUCGAUACGGGCUCAGACUGACAACCGUAAAGUGGCGACUCUGAGCGGUCAGUUCCGUCAGUCUCUGGACUCCCUCAUGAAGGCUCUGUCCGCCUGUCAGCCGUUCUUCAUCCGCUGCUUCAAACCCAACAACGAGAAGCAGUCUGAGAUGUUUAACAGAGAGCUGUGUAUGCGUCAGCUGAGGUACUCUGGCAUGAUGGACACCAUCCGCAUCCGGAAGCUGGGAUACCCGAUCCGCCACACCUUCCAGGACUUCCUGAAGCGCUACAGGGUUCUCCUCAAGACUACCGUCUGUGACCCCAAAACUGAGACAGCUGCUGCCUGUUGUGAAGCCAUCUGCAAGACAGUGAUUAAAGGAGCGGACGAGUGGAAAAUAGGCAAAACAAAGAUCUUCCUCAGGGAUGCUCAUGACGCAGCCCUGGAGCGACUGAGGGAAGAAGAACUGAGCCGGGUAGCUGUGGUGAUCCAGAGGGUCAUGCUGGGACACAAAGACAGAAAGUCUUUCCUGAGGAAGAGGAUGGCAGCUGUGGUGCUGCAGAAGCACUGGAGAGCUCACAGAGAGGAGAUACAGCGCAGGAAGCUCCAGAAGGGCUUUGAACGGCUCACAUCAAAGAUCCGCAGCCGGAAGCUGCAGCUGCAAUACCAACAGCAGCGAGCAGCAGCACUCACCAUACAGAGCCAGGUUCGAGGUUACCGGGCGAGGAAGGACUUGAAGCAGAAGAGGAAGGCGGUCGUAGUGAUGCAGGCUCACAGGAGAGGAGUCCUGGACAGAAGAACGACUCAGAAGAUGAGGGAUGAUGCCGCCCUUUUACGCUUGAAGAAAGAGAACCAGAUUGCUUUAGAGCUUCAGCAGCGACUGACGGUGAUCGCCGCCCCGUUGGUGAUCGCCGCCCCGUCGGAGCCGUCUGACGAGGAGCCUGAGCCAAUCAGUGACCACGAUUCAGAGGACGACACGGAUGAAAUCCACUUCACGCUUCCUGUGGUGAAAGAGGUGGAACAGAAAGCACCGGAGGAGUUUCAGGUGAGGAGGAGAAUGCCGGAGUCGAUGGACGUAACCUCAGCCGAGUCCUCAGAGAUGGAAACCACAGCUGCUCCCUCGGUCACAACCACCCCGACCCCAUCGAUGGAAGAGGAAGACGACGAGUUUGAAGAGGAUGAUGCCAACGAUGAGUUUUCAUUCUUCAAGUUCAGCAUCCUUCACUUUCAGGGCAGCAUGGGCCACACGCACAUCAACCAGAGAAUCGAUAAGCCUCUUCUGGCCCACGACGACGAGGGCGAUGCACUGGCGUGUGUAACUGCAUGGUGGAUUAUACUGCGUUACAUGGAGGACCUGCCAGAACCAAAAUCUAUGGACUCCAUGUCUCAAACAUCCAGCACCAUCUCCCGUCAUCGGCCUAAUCGGCAGGGCAGAAGGCUCAGCCACUUUGUGGGAUUAGAUCAGAAAAUCCUGAGGAAGAACAAAAAAAAGCUUGGAGGUGGAAGCAGAAAAGCUUCGGUUAUUACUGAGGAGAAUACGGAGGACGAGGACGUCAGGGUUGGAGAGGGUCCGACGCUGAAGCGGCCUCUUUCAUCUCUGGAAAAGCUGCACACAAUCAUCGGGUUCGGCCUGUCAAGAAAGGGCAUACGGGAUGAGAUUUACUGCCAGAUCUGUAAGCAGCUGGUGAAUAACAAGAACAAGAGGAGCCGUAUGCAAGGCUGGACUCUUCUUUCUCUCUGUCUCGGGAUCUUCCCCCCAACAGACCUCUUCUUAAAGUAUUUGGAGAGGUUUAUCAGCAGAGGGCCGAAUGACUUCAGAGAGUACUGUGCUGAGCGCCUGCGUCGUACAAUAGCCAACGGAGAGAGAAACGAGCUGCCCUGUUGGAUAGAGCAACAGGCUGCCAAGUCCAGGGAGCCCAUCAAAAGCUUUGUGACUCUACUGGACGGCCAAACCAUCAAUAUCCAUCUGGACUCGGCCUCCACCUCUGCUGAAGUCUGUCAAGAUGUGGCAGACAAGAUUCAACUUAAAGACACGUAUGGAUUCUCGCUGUACAUGAGUGUCUUUGAAAAGAUGUGGUCUCUGGGCAGCUGUGGGAACCACGUGUUGGAUGCAGUGUCUCAGUGUGAGCAGGAGAUGAGGAGGCAGGGCAUGCUGGAGAAGGAGACACCCUGGCAGCUCUCCAUCCGCAAGGAACUGUUCACACCCUGGCACGACUCCUCAGUGGACCCCAUCAGCACCGAUCUCAUCUACAGACAGGUCAUCAAGGGGAUCAAGUCAGGAGAGUACACCAGUGAAAAGGAGGAUGAAUACGUCCAGCUGGCAGCAAAGCACUACUACAUCCAGCAUGGAGCUACAUACAACAAGGACAAUGUCAAGAGUGUGGUUGAGGACUGCAUUGCCACCACACUUAUUGAGAACAAAUCCAUGACAAAGUGGAUCCAACUCAUCAGCGCAGCACACCUACAGGGUCCUUAUGUGAACGGGAAGGUGAAAAUAGAGACGGUAAAAGGAGAACUGGUCAACGACGCCCAGCACCAUUGGCCCCUGCACUUCUCCAAGUUUUUUGAAGUUACAAUGAUGUCAGGACCUCCUUUGCCCAAAAGCAUGUUUGUUGUGGCUGUAAACUGGAAUAGCAUCUUGUUCAUGGAUGGAAGAGACAAAAGACUCCUUGAAAUUUCUUACCUGGAGGUAAAGGAAGCUCGCUUAAUCAGUGAGAAGAACUUCAGCACUCAGUCCGUGAGUUUGGCCACCCUCAGAGGAGAGUAUCUGCUGAAAUCUGAGGAAGCUGCAGACAUGGCUGAGCUUAUAAAAACAAACCUGGAGGGGCUGAGACAGCGCUCAGUGUAUGCACUGGCUCAGCAGGAUACCAGUAAACCAGAUGACCCCACAUGGCUGGUUGUUAAACGGGGGGAUCUGCUGCUGGUAGAGAAAGAUGAAGAAAGUUCUCCUGACAAGAACUGGGUCAGAGCCACCAACCAGCGCACCAGUGACAGCGGGACCGUCUAUAAGGAUAAAGUGCAGUUUCUGCCCACUCUAGAGAAACCUGCUGAAGAUAUGCUGGAACUUCUGACUCCAGGCCAUAGGAAAUCUACGACAUCACAGACCACCUCACAGAGAGAUGAAACAGUGGCUCCUGUCUCUCUAAAAGAGUUUGCACUUGAAAAUUUCAGGCCCACAGGUCGACUCGGUGCAUCCAAAGUGCUGAGCAAGGAGAAACUGUGGGCCAGCUCCAAAGAGCCCCUCAAACAGCCGCUGAUGAAGAGCCUCGUCCGCAACACUGAACUCAGCAACCUGGCCUGCAACGCCUUCAUUGCUAUCCUAAAGUACAUGGGCGACUACCCCAUCAAACACGCUCGCAGUCCUGUGGAGCUGACUGACCAGAUCUUCGGUCCAGCCACCCAGCAUGUAGCUCUGCAGGACGAGAUCUACUGCCAGAUUAUGAGACAGAUGACCAGCAACAACAGCAGGUUGAGUAAGGAGCGUGGGUGGCAGCUCAUGUGGCUGUGUUCAGGCUUGUUCCCGCCCAGUCCGGAUUUGAUGGGACACACUCGGCGCUUCCUGGAGUCGCGGCCCAAAGACCAGCUGGCUGCCGGCUGCCUGCAGAGGCUGCAAGAGAUGCGCAGUAAGGAGCCCAGAAAGUUCCCUCCCCAUCAGGUCGAAGUGGACGCCAUCCAACAAAACAGCACCCAGAUCUUCCAUAGAGUCCACUUCCCAAAUGAACACAAUGAGAUAUAUGAGGUGCAGUCCACGACCACAAUCAAAGACAUGUGCGUCAGUAUCGCCAAUGAACUCACCCUGACCUCUUCUGAAGGAUAUGGCCUGUACCUCAAAGUACCAAGCAAGAUCAUAAGCUUGCAGGAGGACAUAUAUUUCUUUGACAGUCUCAGGCAGACUUCAGAGCUUCCGAAGAGAGGAAAAAGAGUGAAAGAAGGCCUCCAGACCACCAUGCCCUACCUGGUGAUCUUCAAGAGGAAGCUCUGGUUCAACGUGACCCCGGGGAAAGACCUGGUUGCAGACUUUACUUUCCAUUUCCCACAGGAGAUGCCUCGGUAUCUGCGUGGAUAUCACAAUUGCACCAAAGAGGACAUGAUCGCCCUGGGCGGGCUGCUCUUCAGAACCAAAGUAGAUUCAGACAGGACGCAGUUUGUCAUGAUUCCCAGAAUGCUGAGGGAGCUGGUUCCUGCUGACCAGUUAAAAAUCAUGUCCUCUGAAGAAUGGAAGAAGCAAAUCAUCUCCGCCUACAACAAGCAGAGCGGCAUCACGCUGGAGGAGGCCAAAAUCGCCUUCCUGAGCAUCAUCUGUGGCUGGCCAACCUUUGGCUGUGCCUUCUUUGAAGUAAAACAAACGUGUGAACCUAGCUACCCAAAUACACUUUUGAUUGCCAUCAGCAAGAAAGGUGUCAGCUUUAUAGACCCAAAUACAAAGGAGCUGCUGAUGAUGCACCCGUUCAGCCGAAUCACAGAGUUCCAGAGCAGCGGCCGACUCUUCGAGAUGACCAUCGGCACGCUGGUUAGAGGCGUCACCUUCGUCUGUGAAACCGCACAGGCCAGCACCAUGGAGGACCUCCUCGGUUCGUACAUCACCAUGUACCAGAGGCAGGCCGUGUCCUUUCAACCGAGGAAGUCCAUUUUCUCCUGAGGCUUUAAAGGGGCACAAGGAGAGACUGUUGAGCUGCUGUGAUUCAUUUGCACUCUUGAUCCAUAUCUUUACAUUAAUGUAUUUGUGUCUAAUACAGAUUCCUUCUACUGACAAUUAAGAGCGUUGUAUUGUCUUUUUCUGUGUGCCUUCAUAACACUUUCCAUUGUGAGAACUCUUGGAAUAUUUUCCAUUUUUCUUCUGGCAGUACAUUGUGGCCCCCUUUGAUGACUUUAUUUAGAGACAUGAAAUGCAUUUUCACAGCCCAUUAUACCUGCCAUACUCUGUCUUUAUUGGACCUGAAACAUGCCAAAUUAUUAUGUUUAUGCGGUUGUGAUUUAUUUUAUUAUUGGUGAACUGACUGAGGAUGUUAGCCUACAAUACUAUGAGAUACAUUUAUAACUAAUGUUUGUAUUAUCUAUAAUGCCUGUUGUCUCUUCAAAAUAAAAUUUC